UGUGAUUAGUUAGUGUACUACACAUACAAACCACAUUUUGGAUAUGUGUAGUUAGUCAUCUGUGCGAUUUGCCACACUCGAAUACUGUGUCUCCAAUCCACAUCAAAACAUUAUUUGGUUUAGGUGUGGUGUUGUUUGCAAAUCGUGAAAGCGCAAUGAGUGCCACCCUCAAGCCGUACCUCUCCGCCGUGCGGCACACGCUGGAGGCGGCGAUGUGCGUCAACAACUUCUCGUCGCAGGUCGUCGAGCGGCACAACAAGCCCGAGGUGGAGGUGCGUUCCUCCAAGGAGCUGCUGCUCACGCCGGUCGUCAUCAGUCGCAAUGAUAAAGAGAAGGUUUUCAUAGAAACUUCAAUAAAUUCCGUGCGAAUUUCAAUCGCUGUGAAGCAAGCAGAUGAAAUCGAAAAGAUCCUCUGCAAGAAAUUCAUGCGCUUCAUGAUGAUGCGCGCCGAGAACUUCAUCAUCUUGCGGCGCAAGCCAAUUGAAGGUUAUGAUAUCAGCUUCCUCAUCACCAACUUCCACACCGAACAGAUGUACAAACACAAGCUGGUGGAUUUUGUCAUUCACUUCAUGGAGGAGAUUGACAAGGAGAUCUCCGAGAUGAAGCUCGCGGUGAACGCGCGGGCGCGCAUCGUUAGUGAGGAGUUCCUAAAACGAUUUUGAACAUUUUAAAAUUUACAAGUUAAUCAUAAGUAAAGCUGUAAGAAGGAAGGAAUGCAUUUUAUAUAGUACAUAAUAAUAAGUAUAAGUCUAAGUAUAA